AUGAGAGACUUCAAAGGGCCAUAUGGACUUCAGCUCCUGGGGUCCGAAACUCACCUCAGGAGAAACGUUUCUGAUCAACAUCUGUCAUCCUCAAGGAAAGAUACCUGCGAACGCACACAUUGUCACACACAGUGUCGAACUAGCAAUAUAAUGGGAUUCUUAUUGUUCCACGUUUUCUGUUCAGUGAUGUUCGUCUCUCAUUUUCUUCAAAGGGCAGGUUCCAAUGAGAUCUUGAGGCUAAAAAUUCCCAUGGACCCUAUCCUCAAUGCCAACACAGUGUGCUUGACCCUUCCUGGGCUGACCAAGAAGCAGAUGGAGGUGUGCAUGAGGAACCCAGAUGUGACGGCCUCGGCCAUCCAAGGCAUCCAGAUUGCCAUCCACGAGUGCCAGCACCAGUUCAGGGGACACCGCUGGAACUGCUCCAGCCUGGAGACCCGCAACAAAAUCCCCUACGAAAGUGUAGUGUUCAACAGAGGUUUCAGGGAGAGCGCCUUUGCCUACGCCAUCGCCGCAGCUGGGGUGGUACAUGCCGUGGCCAACGCCUGCGCCAUGGGCAAGCUGAAGGCCUGCAGCUGCGACGACAAGCGUCGCGGCGACGAGGAGGCCUUCCGGACCAAGCUGAACCUGCUGCAGUUGGAGGCCAUCAACCGCGGCAAGGGCAUGGUGCACGGCGUCAUGGAGCACUUCCCCGCCGACACGCUCGGCCCCCAGGACUCGUGGGUGUGGGGCGGCUGCAGCCCCAACGUGGAGUUCGGAGAGAAGUUCUCUCGGGAGUUCCUGGACUCCCGCGACACGCACAGGGAUAUCCAUGCCCGCAUGAGGCUCCACAACAACAGAGUUGGCAGGCAGGUCGUGGUGGACCACAUGAGGCGGAAAUGUAAAUGCCAUGGCACAUCAGGAAGCUGCCAGCUCAAGACCUGCUGGCAGGUGACGCCCGACUUCAGGACGGUGGGCGCCCUACUCAAGGACCGCUUCAACGUCGCCACUUUCAUCAAGCCCCACAACAGGAACACGGGCCAGGUGGAGAACGCCAACGCCAACUCCAUGCACCAGCACGGCCACAACCACCACCACCGACGCCGCGCCAACCACAACGAGCUGGUCUACUUCGAAAAGUCGCCCGACUUCUGCGAGCGGGACCUGGGCUCCGACGCGGCGGGCACGCAGGGCCGCAUCUGCAACAAAACCAGCCCGGGCAUGGACAACUGCGAGAGCCUGUGCUGCGGCCGAGGCCACAACAUCCUGCAGCAGACGCGCAGCGAACGCUGCAACUGCAAGUUCCACUGGUGCUGCUACGUGGUCUGCGAGGAGUGCAGGAUAACAGAGUGGGUCAACGUCUGUAAAUGAUAAAAAGAGAAAAAAAACACAUCAACCCAAAUAAAUGAAUAUAUAUAUGUGUAUAUAUAUAUAUAUAUAUGAAAGAAUUACAGACAUUAUAAAUAGAGGGGGAGACUGCAAGGAAAACCUUCCCUUUGCGAUGGACUGCCAGUUCCAUUUUUAGAGUGGAAGCAUGAAAAACGAGACUGGGACGUGCGAGGAGGUGUGCACUCUGCGUGUACACAGCAUGUGUCUAAUCACAGUAGUUCAGAUUGAGCAUUUGGACCUGCACUGCAUAAUAAUCUUCAGAGAAGUUAAAGAUAAGUUAAAAGUGAUACAACUAUUGUGGGUUACAUUGAUAUCUGAGCACUCCUUUAUUUCAAAAUGUGGAUCUUAACAAUUACUAAUGGCUCGGGAUUCCGGUACUUGGAGAAGAAAUUCGUAAUAGAAAAAAAAGGCAAGAGAGAGAGAGAGAGAAAGAAGACAUUGCCUGUAAAUCCAACAUCUUUUUUAAGUCUGUAAGUCCUACAUUUGCACAGAGCCAUCAUUAAACAGAGUCUGGUAAUGAACUCUGUUUGAGUGUUAUAAAGUGGUAUCAUAUACCAAAUGAGAUUAUAAUUAUAAGUUAUAAAAUGCCAGCAUGUCAUUGAUUGUACAGUUUGUGUUAUAGUCUGUCAUUUAUGACCCAUGCGAAUGCUGCCUCUCUCAGCAGUAA